AUGAAAGAUUUAGAACAAUUUGAUGAUAUGAUUGGGAUCUCUAAUAUUAAUUUUUUUGAUUUAUUAAAAAAGAGAGAUAAAGACUUUAUAUCAAAAUUGGAAAAAGAAAAAGAAUUUAUAUUAGGUGAUAGAGGAUUUGUUGGUAUUGGAAGGUUAACUAUUCCAAAAGGUAAAAGAGAUUAUGAACAGAAACAAACAGAUAUAGAUCAAAAAUCAAUAAGAAUAAUUAUUGAAAAUGUGUUUUCAAAAAUAAAAAGAUUCUUUAUUACAAGUAUGCCACUAAGAUAUAAAUUUUCAGUAGGAUCAAUUGAUAUGGAUAGUGUUCAAGAAAAACACAAUAAGAGAUCUAAAAAAAAAUCUUAA